AUGGCGAAGCCGCAGCAGGAGGUCUACUUCGUCUUCAUGAACUUCGACCCUGUCUACGAGCGCCUAAGGGCCGAUCGGACGAAGCAGGGGUCGGCGACGCUGGACGCGUACCUGAGCCAGAAGCACGAUAAGCUCCUCGCCAAGCUCCUCCAGCCCGACACCUACUGGAAGAAGUCCUCGCUGGCCAUCGUCGACGGAUUCGCCGUCGAGAUCACCGACGCUCAGGUCACCGCCAGCGUGCUGAGGUCGGCCAAGGAGGUGAGGGUGGUGGAGAAGAACCAGGAGCUUGCUUGA